AUGGCCGUAGCAUUCAUCCUGUGGACGUACAGAUGGAGCCACCCCAAGGCGAACGGCCGGCUGCCCCCGGGCUCCCUCGGCCUCCCUCUCCUCGGCGAGACCAUGCAGUUCUUCGCUCCUAAUCCUACCUGCGAUGUCUCCCCCUUUGUCAAGGACAGGGUGAACAGGUACGGUACCGUCUUCAAGACCAGCGUCGUCGGCCGGGCGAUGGUGGUGUCGGCAGACCCGGACCUUAACCACUACGUGUUCCAGCAGGAGGGUAAGCUGUUCGAGAGCUGGUACCCGGCCACCUUCACCGAGAUCUUUGGCCGCGACAACGUCGGCUCCCUGCACGGGUUCAUGUACAAGUACCUCAAGACCCUCGUGCUCCGCCUGUACGGCCAGGAGAACCUCCGGGCGGUGCUCCUCGCCGACACGGACACUGCCUGCCGCGCCACCCUCGCCUCCUGGGCUAGCCAGCCGAGCGUCGAGCUCAAGGACGGCCUCUCCACCAUGAUCUUCGACAUAACCGCGAAGAAGCUGAUCGGUUACGAGCCAACCAAGUCGUCCGAGAGCCUGAGGAAGAACUUCGUGGCCUUCAUCCGGGGGCUUAUCUCCUUCCCGGUGAACAUCCCCGGCACAGCGUAUCAUGAGUGCAUGAAGGGGAGAAGGAACGCCAUGACUGUGCUCAAGAGGAUGAUGAGGGAGAGGAUGGCGGACGAGGGGAGGCAGCCCGAGGACUUCCUCGACGUGAUGAUCGAGGAGCUGAGGAGGGAGAAGCCCGUCCUUACCGAGACCGUGGCCCUGGACCUCAUGUUCGUGCUCCUCUUCGCGAGCUUCGAGACUACUGCCUUGGCCCUCACGCUAGGCAUCAGGCUCAUUACCGAGAACCCGAAGGUGCUCGAAGCGUUAACGGAGGAGCAUGAGGCGAUUGUUACGGACAGGAAGGACCUGGAUGCCGGCCUCACGUGGGCAGAGUACAAGUCCAUGACCUUCACCUCUCAGUUAGGGCUGCACUAG